AUGUCGGAUAACUAUUUCAUCUUCACCAACGCGACUGUCCUGAAGGUCCAAGGAGAGGAAGAUGGAACCAUGAAGCUCUUCCUAUUGGUUGUGAUCCUGGGUGUUGUAACUGCUGUUCUAUUGAUAAUCAUCCUCAUCCUGGUCCUCAGACCUCAUCCUGAUGCAAACAGACUAAACACAGGCCCCUGGGAACACUUCACCCCAGAGUGCAAGUUCAAAGAGAGUGUGUUUGAGAACUACUACGUGACGUACUCAUCCAUCCUGUACAGGCAGACCCAGUCGGGCAGGGCCUGGUACAUCGGCAUCAACCGGGACGGACAGGUCAUGAAGGGCAACAGGGUCAAGAAGACUAAAGGGGCGGCCCACUUCCUGCCCAAACUCAUAGAAGUGGCAAUGUACAGGGAGCCUUCGCUGCAUGAAGUGGUGGUGGUUGCCGAGCUGAGUCCGCCCAGAAAAACAGCCAAGACCUCCGAUUCGCCCGUGCUGCAGAACGGCAAGAAAGACCCGCCCUCCAAAACCAAAACUUCCUAG